AUGCCCUCUGGGGGAGAUACUUGGGUUUCUCAGAUGCACCUCAUGCAAUCAAAGGCCAUAAGGUUUGGCUACCUGAGCUUGACCAUGUCGUCGUUACCAGGGACAUCCAUUUCUCGGAACUGGAACCAUCAGACACUGUCGCCCCCCCCCCCCCCACACACACCUAUCUUCGUCAGCAACCAUGAUCUCCUGCGAUCUUACACCUGGCUCUCUCCUGAUCCCACAUCAGAUGAGACAGAAUCGGAUGAUGUCGUACCUUCCUCACUGCAGCCAUACUCUCAUCAACGACACUUGGCAACUCAUUCGGAACCCCCAAGCUUCAAUCACGAGUGGGAUCGCAUGAUGACAGCCAUCAAAGAGGCCGGGGAGAUCGUCAUUGACCUUGAUGCUAUUGCUGCCAAUCUGAGAGCAGACCUGGAGGUGACGAUGUCCAAGGGGGGGAAACACUUACUGGACCUCACAAGCACUCUCAAUGGCACAUCACUGCUCAAAACCCCUCACAGUGAUGCUAUGGCAGACGUGUAUGACGACGUCUCCAUGCUCGAGACACCUCGCACAGAGUCGCCCGGUCCUGUCAGCCACAUGGCCUUCGCCACAGCAUGCUCUGACACACCGGCACCCACCAUCAGCGAUCACCACUUAGAUCGUAUGGUAUUUGCGACCACCGUGAUGACCAGCACUGCCCUCAUUGCAAGUGGACAGCAGAUACACAGUGCGGAUGGCAUCCUGCUGGAACCACUCUCCCUCAAUGAAGCUAAGACUCACGACAACUGGUACAAAUGGCAGGAAGCCAUGGUCAGCGAGAUGGACAGCAUGCACAAGAUGAACAUCUUUGAGCUAGUUGACAUUCCCAAGAGCGGCAAGUUAAUCGGCAUUCGAUGGGUUUACAAACUCAAGCUUGAUGCACAAUGA